CAGCAACCAGACAUGGAACCAGAGACGUUCCAGCACACUUGUCAGGUAUUUCUGGAGUCUCUUCGUCUGUCGGAUGAGGGUAGAUCGGAGCUCGAACGGGCCACUCAGGGACAGGCCGCAUGCCCGAGAUGGAAAGAGGAGCGGAAAAAGCGACUGACUGCUUCCUCCUUCGGCAAGGUUUGUAAGAUGAAGCCAACAACAAGCUGCGCAAAGACGGUGGUAGGGCUUCUCUACAAGGAAUUCAGUUCACCAGCAACACAGUAUGGCAACGAUCAAGAGCCUCUGGCUCUAAGAAGGCUCGAGGCUGACAUGGGAGUUUCUGUAGAAAAGUGUGGGCUUUUCGUUGAUCGGGAGCACCCGUACCUUGGAGCAAGCCCUGAUGGGCUGGUGAAUGACGACGGCCUGGUUGAGGUUAAGUCUUCUUACACAGCCCGUGGCCUCACUGUGUUGGAGGGAGUCAAGCAGAAGAAGAUCAAGUGUGUCACGGAAACAGAUGGACGUUUCAGUCUCAUCAGGACGCACAACUUCUGGUACCAAGUUCAAGGACAACUGCACAUCACAGGGCGUCAGUUUUGCCUCUUCGUUAUAUGGACGGGAAGCGACAUCUCCAUCGAGAAAAUCGCUCGAGACGAUCAGUUCUGGGAAACUCAGAUGCUCCCACAGCUCCAGAAGUUUUACCGCUACUGUCUGCUUCCAGAAAUCGUUGAUCCCCGACAAAGUCGAAGCAUGCCCAUCAGGGACCCUGACUACAUCCUUGAGGCAAUUAGGGAGAAAGCCCAGAAGGCACCGAAGACGAAGAAAGCGAAAAAAUGAGAAAGCAUUAAGCCUGCAGCAACAGCAAGCGCGUGAAAAUCUUUUCCGGUGUGCUCUUACAUUGUAUAGUUGUUUCUUACGUUCUCACUAAUACCAGC